AGGUGGAAACGCGGGGGAUUUCUUUCGCCACUGCUUUUAUCUCGCAACCGAGCUUCCUCUUCCAUUCCUCAAAGUGGAGAAGCACCCGAUUUCUUUCACCGCCUCUUUUGUCUCCCAACCGAACUUCCUCUUCCGCUUCUCAGGGUGGAAACACUCCUGAUAUCUUUCACCACCGCUUUUAUCAUCCAAGCGAGCUUCCUCUUCCACUUCUCAAAGUGGAGACGUACUCGCUUUCUUUAACCACCUCUUUUAUCUCCCAACCGAGUUUCCGCGUCCGCUUCUCAAGAUAGAAACGCACCCGACUUUCUUCCAUCCCGAUAGAUUCACCUCUAGCAGGAAAAAGCGACAAAGUCUCUCACCCUCGGAUCUGACAACGAGCAGUCCCCCACAGAAGCAAUACUCGAACAACAAUCAUGGGCAAGGGCCCUACUGUGGAGGACCUUCGGAAGCAAUGCAAAGCCGCUGGACUUCAGACAAAAGGAAAUAAGGCACAGCUCACCAAGCGCCUGGAGGAAUGGAGCGAAAGCAGGGAAAGUUCGGCAGAAAGUGCAGAUCACCCAAAGUGCGAUGCGAUUUUAGGUGCCGUAGCAAAAGUCAGUUCCGACGUGCAAACAAUAAUGGAUGCAAAAGUCUCGCUAGGACAGGCACUCGAGAAGGGACAACUGGAGGUUGAACGGGUACACGGAGUAGCUAUUGUCGGGAACCGCCGUGGUCUUGAUUUGGGCGAUUUGAAGCUGCGCGUUUCUAUAACGGAACAUCUGAUCGCUUCUCAGAAUGAUAGGAUCGCUUCUCAGAGUGAUAGGAUCUCUUCUCUGGAGAAAGAGCUGGGCGUGGUGAAUGACCGUCUGUCGACAUUGACCCUUGCUCUUCGGGAGUACAGACAAGUGCGCGAAAGGUUUAUCAGUACCUAUAGGCGGGAUAAGCUUCACGAUGCCACGGCGAGGGAUUUCAAGAUUAUCCAAGAGGGUAAUGUGGUAGCGCAUGGAGGCGAUGCAGCUGCGGAUGCCCUCCUUCAUGAUGGGCCAGACAGGAGAACCGAUACUAUGGUGUACCGCAGACUUUACGGAAUGCAUCCUUCAGAUGUACGGUUAAUCAGUGAGUAAGCUCCAGUGUGUCAUAUCUCUACUUAAGCAUCAAGACUGACUUUUCCAGGGCAUAAACAAACACUCGAUAUCCUCAGUAUCCAUGCCGGGGUGGUAGCCGAUGACAAGAAGACAGGUACGGAGGAAUUCUAUGAGAAAUUUAAAGUUUUCAUCGAACGAUUUGACAACUCGAAUCAUAAUGUAAACUACUUAAAUGUGGAGCCCGGGACUGAUGUAACUAGUGCGUACUGGCAACUCCUGCACUGCCAAAUAUAUAAAAAUAUUUCAU